CGGCGCAAUCAUGAAGCGGACAUGGUCGCGCUGCGUGAACGGGCCCUUGGGGCAGCGCGUGACGUUCGCCGGCGUCUGUGCCUACGUGCUCGCAGCCACGGCCUUCUUCAUCGUCCACCAACUGUACACAACGCCCGCGCACAGAAUUCGGCACGUCUUGGUGGCGAGCCUUACACCGCUGCGGCACGCCACCUGCAACUACCAAACGACCGCCUUUUCUUCGCGUUACGAAGCGAUCUAUGCGGCCCCGCCAUCCCCGCCGGCGUCGCUCCAAGCCCUGCGACGCCACUCGGACGCGCAGACGCAACUAUCGUGGGCCGACUGUCUUCCCAUGCGCAUGGUGGUCUGCGGCGUCAACGCUGGCUCGCAAGACUCGCUCUUCACCCAGUCGCCGCCGUGCCGGUCCGCCGUCUUGCACCAUCUGCUCGUCGCGACAGCCGCCGCUAUUCAAGAGCGCGGCUACAGUGCCAUGCCGAUUGGUUCCGGGCUGCAGCAUCUCUGGGAACACGGCGCGCUGCCGCCCAACGCCACCAGCAUUGAUAUGCUUACGGACGCCCCGAUUGAUCUCGCCGCGUGGUUUUGGGCCCGCGGGUUUGCCCACUUUGUUGAUGAGAAGAGCGGCCAUGCGGUCACGUGCAUGGCCCCCCACCACACGCUCGCGACUCUUCUCUACGCGGACGAGGGAGCAAGAGCAGUGCCGCCACCGUAUUUGCGCUGGUCGACGAUGUUGAGCGUCGACGAUGUUUUCACGAUUGCACCCGAGAAGGACCAUGUCUAUUGGCAGUGGCACUUGACGCCGCUCGCUUGCUUGCCAUUGUACAACUCGUCGAUGCUCGCGCCGUCGUUGCCUGCUUCGUUCUUUACAGCGGGACACAGUGACCAAACGCAGACAUCCAACGCCACAUACCCCAACCCAGCAUGCGAGAUCCUGUGUGACCAGGACACGCCGGCCCUCAUACGCAAUGUCGACGCCAACGUUGCGCGCUGUCCGCUGCGCAACGAUGCAGAGUACAACGCGCGACUCGCCGGGUACUUGCGCCAGCCGCUUCCGCUGCAGCUCUCGCCAGCGCACGAGCCGUACAUUGCGCCGUUUAGCGACACGACCAAGCUCCGCGAAGGCAAGCCGUGGGAAUACUGUCUUCCGAUCAAACCGCAGCAGUGUGGCGCGCGACGUGGUAUCAAGACGACCCUCUUCGAGACGCCGCAAGGCAAGCCAUGCCGGUCGGCCGUGCUUCAGAUCCUCCUUGAGAACAUGCUCGAGGUCGUCCAAGAGCUGCACCUUCCGUCGUUUGUCUACUUUGGCACGCUCCUCGGCGCGUGGCGCGACGAAGCCAUCAUUCCGCACACGGCCGACGUCGACGUCGUCCUGCCGUCGUACACGAACUGGACCCACGUCCAGGAUGUCAUGUGGGCGCGCGGCUUUUACGUGUUUAAACGUGAUAUCCACGGCGCCUGCGUCGCGUCGCACCACCCGCUCGCGUCAUUGCUGUAUGCGCCGGAUCAAACGCGGACCGACUCGUCCAUGCACGGCACGCCGUAUCUGGAUCUGUACAUGUGGGAAAAAGAGUACACUACAUCCACGGCGUACAUCCAGGUCGAGACGGCCAACGCCAAGCUCACCGCGUCCCAAGUGUUUCCACUCACGUGCAACCACACGAUCUUUGGCAGUCCGGUGCCCGGCAUCCAGCACCCGGAAGCCAUGUUCAAGAGCGAGUACGGCGACACGUACGACGUCGACCCGAAUUUGCGCCUCGAAGCGUGCGAGUCGUACUGCGACUACCAGCUCGUUCCAAACAAGAAUGUCCCGGUCACGUAA